CCGCAUUUUUAUCGCAGCACUCUGAUUUCCUCUUUCCCUCUUUCACUCAGCAUAUAUUUCUCUUCGAACCAAUAAAUUGAUUAUGGAGAGUUCUAUAAUCAAUAAAUUAGACCCAGAGCUCAAGGAAAUAGCCACAGACUCUUUUGUUUUUCAAAACUGGGCGAAGACUUUUAGCUGUAAGCCUGAGCUAUUGUUUACCCCUACAUCAGAGGAACAAGUUAAAAAGAUUAUAUGCUUGGCAAAGAGCUUAAACAAACAAGUAAAAGUAUGCGGUGUCGGUCACUCGCCCUCGGAUCUCGCGUGUACAAAUGGGUUCAUGGUCGACAUUGGUGGCAUGAACAAAUUACUUAACGUUGACAAAAAAAACUGCAGAGCUACAGUGGAAGCAGGAAUGCAACUACAUCAGUUGCAUAAGGUACUGAGAGAAAACGGACUUGCAUUGAGCGUUUUAGGCUCAAUUUCUGACCAAACAGUAGCAGGAGUUAUGGCAACUGCUUCCCAUGGCACUGGUGCAAACUAUGGCUGUUUAUCUACAGCGAUUGUUGAUUUAACGCUUGUUACAGCCGAAGGAGACAUCUUAUAUUGUUCGUUAACUGAAAAUGAAGAUAUUUUUCAAGCAGCUCGUUGUAGUCUGGGUGCGCUGGGUAUUAUCACUCGAAUAACUUUGCAAGCAGAAGCAGAUUUCAAACUAGAAGCUAUCCAAGAGCCUUACAAAUUUUCAGAUAUACUGAAUCAGUGGGAUGAAACGAUACAUUCCUCUGAGCAUACUCGCAUUUGGUGGUAUCCACAUACUGAUGACUGCGUAGUUUGGAAAGCAAACCGUACAAAUAAAGAUAUUUCUCGCUCUGGACCUAGUUAUUGGAUGGAAAGACAUUUUGGAUUCCAUAUUUACCAAGCCAUGUUAAAUGUAACCCGAUACAGCCCUUCAAUGAUUCCUUAUUUGACGAAAUUCAUGUUUAGGACUUUGCACUCUCAACCACUUCAUGUUGUCGAUGUAUCAAACAAAGUUUUCAACUUUGAUUGUCUUUUCCCUCAAUAUGUGAAUGAAUGGGCCAUAGACUGGAAAGAUGCCCCUGAUGCUUUACGAAAGUUAGACAAGUUUAUCAAUGAUAAUGAGUUGAAGGUACACUUUCCCGUUGAGAUUCGAUUUGUAGAUGAGGAUGAUAUAUGGUUGAGCCCCUGUUACGGACGUAAAACUUGUUAUAUCGGUGUCAUUAUGUACAGACCUUACGGAAAGCCUGUGCCAUAUAAAAAAUACUGGAAAGGAUACGAAAAUAUAAUGCGUGAAUAUAACGGCCGCCCACAUUGGGCAAAGGCCCACGGUCAGAGUAAAAAUGAUCUGGAAGCUUCCUACCCCAAAUUUCAGGACUUUCUACGUAUACGACAAAAACUGGAUCCUGACGGCAUGUUUCUUAACGAUUACUUAAAGCGGCAUGUGGUUGAUUUUACACCGAACACGAAAGAAACUGCAAGACUGUAGAUUGCCUUCUUCUUUCUUCCUUUUUUACAGCUAAUACGUUCAUUAUUCAUUGUUCAGAAUGAUUUUAAUAAGCAAUAACUUGUCGUAAACAAUAACUUUUCUUUCUAUUCAGUAGACAACUGCGUGAGC